CGUUGCUUUGUGCAGAGUAAGGGUGUGCUGUAUCAGAACACUUCCAACAACUCCAUCAACUGAUAAACUUCAGUUCACUUUUAACUUUUAAAAUGUAUCACGCUAAAGUUAUACCAGCUGUUGCAAGGGCAAAGUCAGAUCAUUUCAUUCGAAUGAGAUUUUCGCCGCCAAGAUUUCGGUCUUCUGCCGCAUCUACCCAGCCCAGCGCCUUGAAGGUGGAGGAGCAGCAGAUCGAUCAAACAUGCACGGUUGUGGAGAAACCCUGUCAAGUAGAUCUUAUCAGCCAGACAAAAAGUGUGUCGGAUAUUCCGGCCACUAAGAUUUCGAUAGAUUUUGAGAACACUAGGGAAGCUUACAAGAGCAAAAACACACUUGAACUACUGAGAAGUUUACUGGUUUUCAAACUUUGCACAUUUGACUUCCUGGUUGACAAGAAUAAGGAGUUGAUGGACCUGAGCAAGAAGAUUAUCGGCCAGAGGCUUUUUGAAAAGCUAAUGAAGAUGACUUUCUAUGGACAAUUUGUAGCAGGAGAAGACCAGAAUUCUAUCAAGCCUUUAAUCCACAAAAAUCAGGCGUUUGGUGUGGGCUCAGUGUUAGACUACAGUGUUGAGGAGGACCUGACCCAGGAGGAGGCAGAGAAAAAGGAAAUGGACUCCUGUGUAUCUGAGGCAGAGAAAGAAAGCCCUGGUCUGGAUCACCGUGAGAGGAAAUACAAGGCGCAUCGUCAGUUUGGAGACCGCAGAGGAGGGGUGAUCAGUGCCCGCACAUACUUCUACGCCGACGAAGCCAAAUGUGAUCACCAUAUGGAAACUUUCAUCAAAUGCAUUAAAGCCUCAGGAGGGAGCUCUGUUGAUGGCUUUGCAGCCAUUAAGAUGACUGCUCUUGGACGCCCUCAGUUCCUACUUCAGUUUUCUGAGGUGCUGGUGAAAUGGAGGCGUUUUUUCACCUUGCUUGCAGCACAGCAGGGCAAGGCUGGAAUGGCAGCUCUAGAGCAGAAACUAGAACUGGAGCAACUGCAGGAUAGUCUGACCAAACUGGGUGUUGGCUGUAAAGCAGACAUUGAGAAUUGGUUCACUGGAGAGAAACUGGGUUCCUCAGGAACCAUUGACCUGCUGGAUUGGAACAGCCUUAUUAAUGACAGGACCAAGAUCUCUAAUCUGCUCGUUGUGCCCAACGUUGAGACUGGCCAUUUAGAACCACUGCUGAGUAAAUUCACUGAUGAAGAAGAGAGACAGAUGAAGAGGAUGCUUCAGAGAAUGGAUGUUUUAGCCAAGCAUGCUGAGGACAAUGACGUGAGACUAAUGGUAGAUGCUGAACAGACAUACUUCCAGCCAGCCAUCAGUCGUCUGACCCUGGAAAUGCAGAGGAUCUUCAACAUUGAGAGACCGGUCAUCUUCAACACAUACCAGUGCUACCUAAAGGAGGCAUAUGACAAUGUGACGGUGGACGUGGAACUGUCGCGACGUGAGGGUUGGUACUUUGGUGCUAAACUUGUCCGUGGGGCUUAUAUGUAUCAAGAACGAUCAAGAGCAGCAGAGAUUGGUUAUGAAGACCCCAUUAACCCAGACUAUGAGGCCACCAACAGGAUGUACCACAAAUGCUUAGAGUAUGUUCUGGAGGAGAUUGAACACAACAGGAAAGCUAACAUCAUGGUAGCAUCACACAAUGAGGACACCGUCAAGUUUACUCUGGAAAAGAUGAGCGAGAUGGGCAUCUCUCCAAGUGAGAAAAAGGUUUAUUUUGGGCAGUUAUUGGGCAUGUGUGACCAGAUCAGUUUCCCACUCGGCCAGGCUGGGUUCCCAGUGUACAAGUACGUUCCCUACGGGCCGGUGAAUGAGGUUAUCCCCUACCUGUCCCGCCGCGCGCAGGAGAACAGAGGCUUCAUGAAGGGAUCACAGCGAGAGCGUAGCCUCCUGUGGAAAGAGCUGAAACGCAGGCUUCUCAACAGAGAACUCCUCUAUAAACCUGUCUACUGAAACCUUAACACAUUUCACCGCAAAUACCUCAGCCUUUCACCUUAUGCUUCAAGCACCCUUUCCCCUGAAAAAUACACUGACUUCUCAAACAAACAGAAAAAAAAAUGUCAUCAUUCUUCUGUAGUUAAAAUGGAAUGAAAUGUAGGUGUUAGAGGAGAAUGAGAAAAACAGCUGUGUUGAAAAGUCAUUUCUAUUCUAUUUUAGUUAUGUAAAAAAAAAAAGGAUUAAUAAUAGAUUUUGCAAGGUAAUGUUGCACAACCAACAUAUUUAUGGGAAAUGGUGACUUGUAAUAGAUUAACUGAAUCAUUCCGUUCAUCUGCUGAAUCUCCUUUCAAAAGCACAGGCAUGGAACUUCUACUUUUUGAAUCGAUCCACUGAUGAAUUUUAGUUCAUAGUUUUAUUCCUGUUAUUUAUGUUAAAAUAUUAGUUAACUAUUCUUAUUAGUUUUCUAUGUGGAACAUUAUUCUUUUGUUGUCUACUGUUUGUUUAGAUUCCCACAUGUUAUAUCCAUUAGCUGUGGAAUAAAAAAAAAUCUUUGAUAUGUUUUAAGUGCAUUUUCAAGUCACAUUGCUGUCUGAUAGAUUUCCUGUGGUGAAAUAUAGAUACUUUUUUGUGUGAUUUGGAUCUGAAUGCAAGUAUUACCUGAAUGGUGCCAUAGACUGAACCAGCAGUGUGAAUAUCUUUCUUUCUUUCUUUCUUUCUUUCUUUGACACUGUUUGUUACCUGUCUUUCUUGCUUUCUUUCUUGAUUGCUCUGUUGCUUUUCUACUGUCUUCCCUAUUUCUGUCUUAUUUUGUGUGAGGGAAUUGAAGGAAGCUGCUUUCUGCUUGAGUGCAGUUUUCACAUGCAGUUCUAAAUGCAUGUGGAUGUCUGUGCUGAUGAACUUGAUGUUUGAUAAUUAUGCCACUGUAUGUAGUGAAUUGCAUUAAUAGUCAUUUGAGACUACCAGUACGCACAGUUCUAUUAACAGGGUCUUUUAGUGUUUUGUCAAAGUAUGUUUACUGCUUUUAAUAAAACGGUUCAU